AUGUAGAAUAAUAAAUAAAAUCAAGCAUGUCCUAAAUCACUUAGGAGUAAAUUUUAAAUGUAUUUUUAGCUAAAGAAAGCACAUUAACUAAACAUUCAGAAGCAUUUAGUAUAUUAGAUUCGAGGAUAUAAGAUACUAAAGAUAAUUUUGAAUUGUAAGUUCUUAGAUAUCAGAACCCUCAGAGUAUAUUUUAAAAUCCCAGUGUAUAGUUAAUGCCAAGCUUUUCAAAUUUCAUAUUUAGUAAUUAAUACAAUCCAACUAUUGCUGAUUAAUUGUUGCAUUCUUAGUUGAUACCUUAGAGUAAUGCUUUUUAAGCUAUGCCUUUAAAAAGUAUUGCUGCUGAGGGUAUGAGGAUAGUAUGUGAAAUAGAUAUUUUAAUGUUGAGACAUUUUUAUCAUUUAAGAGAAUAGGUAAGGGUUCUAAAAAAUUUUAGAUUUUUAACAAGCAUAAUUAAACCUCAUCAAAAAGAAUGGAUAGUAAUUCUAAUCAAAUUGAUUGGAUUAAGGGGAGAUUCUAAUAUCGAUUUAAAGAAAAGAUCAGUAAAAUGAUGUGCAAGUUAGUAGAUGAAGUAAAAUCACUCAUAAAUAAUAAAACAGAAGAUGAUUAAUAAAUUAAUAUUGAUAAAUUGAGAUUCUAACCUGAUGAACUAAUAUAACUAGAUAAAGAAUUAAAGGAAAAAAGGGAAGAUUAAUAAGAAUACUUGGAUCCUUAUGAGAUUUGUCUUAGAAUAGCAAAGUUGAUAGAAAUGUAUUUUAGAAGUUCUGAUUAAUGAAUUUAUGUGCUUUCACAGAACA